AUGGCAGAUUCAAGAAAGUCAUCAAGGGAGAGGCAGCCCACGGAAAAAAUGGCCGCUCUUCAGGCCUCUGAAGAAUCAAAGACAGAGCGGAAGUUUUUCAAGAUGUAUGGCUCCCUUAAGGCCACAGUAAAGGCAGCUAGAACAAUCAUUAAGACAGAGACAGAAGAAGGUCCCAUCAAACAACAGAUAUCCAUACUGGAAGCUGGAGAGAGGGAAUUGAUGGAAACCUACGAGAUUUUGAGGAGACACAAGGUCCCCAUAAGAGAGGCCACCACGAGGAUGGACCGUGCCAACGCAAUGGUCAGAGAUAGCCUCAACGCCUUGGAAGAAGUUCUGGGAUCCCUAGAAGGUCCUUUUGACGCCGAGGAUCGGAAGCAGAUAGCGAAAGAAUUCUUGAAACAAGAAUAUGCUUCAUCGGUCUUCAGCUCAAUUUUAAGCGAAAUGGACCAAGGGGUUGAAACCAGCCAACUGCGUGGAGCCACACCAGUAAUUGACAUUGAUAGCAAUCCUGGACAGCCUGUAGAAUCUCGUAACACACCAUCACUUCUUCCUCAAGACAAAAUGUACCCAGGAGUUGGAGUAAACCAACCACCUGAAGGUAUUCAAGGGCAGUCAGCAGAAUUUCCUGCCAAGACGUCAUCUCCUUCCUUUCAAGAUGAGAUGGGCCCAGAGUUUAGAGUAGGCCAGCUACAUGAUAGUCUACCUGAUUCGCAUGUGGAACCUCGUGACAAGACACCACUACAGCCGCCUCAGACAACGUCGGUUGACGUCCAGGGCUUAUGUAAGGCUUUAGCAGACAACAUGUACCACACAAGACUUCCGAUGCCAGUGCCACGCACCUUUAGUGGGGAUCCGCUCGAGUUUGUAGAGUUCGACAAAGGUUUCAAGACUUUGAUCGAAAACCGUGGCAUACCACCAACAGAGAUGCUGUAUUAUCUGAAGCAGUACCUGACUGGUCCGGCAAGGGAGGCCGUGGAAGGUUUCUUUUUCGGGGACUCCAAAGAGGCAUAUGAUGGGGCAUGGAGGCGCCUUCGACAGAGGUAUGGUCAUCCUUUUAAUAUCCAACAAGCAUUCCGGAAGAAGCUAAGUGCUUGGCCGAAGAUAGCCUCCAAAGAUGCCAUAGGUCUUCAGAAGUUUGCGGACUACUUAAAGUCUUGUGAUGAUGCUAUGCCAUAUGUCACUGGCCUCCAGGUGCUAAACGACUGCUAUGAGAAUCAAAAGAUGAUAGCCAAACUUCCAGACUGGCUGAUUAGUAGCUGGAAUAGGGUGGUAUCAAAUGAGUUGGAAGGCGGCAGCUAUCCUUCAUUUUCUAAGUUUGUGAAAUUUGUUGCUAAGGAGGCAAGGAUAGCCAACAAUCCCAUUUCUUCUCUAGGUGCCCUGAAAUCUGAGGACUCUCAAAGAGAAUCAAGUCCCAAGACCUUCAAGAUCAAGCGAGAAGCAAGAAAUAAAGGAUCUGCUUUGGCUGUCAACACCAAGGAAAGUGCCAAAGGCAAGAACAUCCCAAACCAAGUCAAGAAGGCUCCAAAACCUUGCUGCCUGUGUAGUGAAACUGGACACAAGUCCGAGGACUGUGACAAGUUUUUGGCCAAGCCACUUUCUGAACGCAGGAAGUUUGUUCAAGAAAAUCAUGUAUGCUUUGGUUGCUUACAGAAGGGGCAUUUUUCUAAGGCAUGUAAACAAAGGCUGAAGUGUAGUACAUGUGGUAAGCGCCAUCCCACGGCUCUUCAUGAGGAAAACCCUACGAUAAGAGAGGACAAUGCACACAAGAGUGAAGGAGCUUCUACGGACAGGGCUACGUCUUGCCAAGUCCGUUCUGGAAAACAAGCUAGCACUUCGAUGAUUGUACCAGUGUGGGUCGCGGCAGAACAAGCACCAUCGUCAGAGAUUCUGACUUACGCCCUCCUGGAUACCCAGAGUGAUUCAUCGUUCAUUCUAGAUGAAGUAGCGCAAGCCCUGAAUGCUAAGCAGCAACCCAUACGCUUAAAGUUAUCUACUAUGACUUCGUCAUCGAACAUUGAUUGCAGCGUGACCUCAAGUAUCUUAGUUAGAGGUAUGAUGUCGCCCUCCCAGCUCAAGAUAGGAAAAUGCUAUACGCGUGACUUCAUACCGACUGAUAGAGAACACAUCCCAAGCAGAAGUACUGCUGAAAAGUGGACUCAUCUCCAAGAUGUUGCAAGAGAGAUGCCAGCACUUCAGAGAUGCGAAGUCGGCCUACUGAUAGGCUAUAAUUGCCCAAGAGCUCUGACACCAAGACAAGUAGUUACUGGUAGCGAUGUAGAACCAUUUGCUGUUCGAACUGACCUCGGCUGGAGUAUUGUUGGCUUUGCCGAAGAAGAGAAUGCCAUGGACUUCAGUAGCCAGUGUGGGAGGGUUUCUACUCGCGAGAUACCAUUUCCGAAGCCAAAGGAGAUCAUAGGGUUGCUUGAGGCAGAUUUCGCAGAGGACAAAUCGCCGGACAAAGCAUGCUCUCAGAAUGACCUACAAUUCUUGAAACACCUUGAGACCAACAUUGUACAAUGCGAGGAUGGUCAUUUGCAGAUGCCGCUGCCCUUCAAGACCCGGCCAAACCUUCCAAGCAAUAAAAGGUUGGCAACCGUUCGAUUCGAACACCUCCAUCGAAAGCUUAAGAAGGACGAAGCAUAUAGAGACAACUAUACAAGCUUCAUGACAGAUAUCAUUAAUGGUGGCUUUGCAGAACAAGUAGAGACCAAGGCGCCGCCUGGAGAAACAAAUUACAUACCACAUCAUGGUGUGUACCAUCCAAUGAAGAAGAAGAUGAGAAUAGUGUUUGAUUGUUCCGCGAAGUACGGCGGCACCUGCCUUAACGAUCAUCUGCUCAAGGGACCGGACAUGAUAAACUCAUUGGUGGGAGUCCUUUGUCGGUUCAGGAAGCACAAUGUAGCAGUGCUAUGUGAUGUUGAGAAGAUGUUCUUUCAGUUUAGGGUCGCUGAGGAUGACCGAGACCUCCUGCGCUUCCUGUGGUUCCAAGAUAACGACAUCAACAAGGAGCCAGUGGAUUAUCGCAUGAACGUCCAUCUUUUUGGUGCCGCUUCUUCGCCAGGUUGCGCCAAUUAUGGCUUAAAGUAUCUGGCUAGACAUUGCAGCAAUGAAUUUCCAUUGGCAUCUCCUUUUGUCGAGCGCAGCUUCUAUGUGGAUGAUGGGCUGGUGAGUGUAUCCAGUGAAGAGGAAGCCAUUCAGUUGGCCAAUGAAGCCAGACAACUUUGCAGCAAGGGUGGCUUACGUCUCCACAAGUUUGUUUCGAAUUCUAAGGCAGUUCUGGAGAGUCUGCCAAAGUCUGAGCGUGCCAGUGAUGUCACUGACUCAAACUUGGAUUUUGAGGAUCAAGUAGAGCGUGCUCUGGGGAUAGUUUGGAAUGUGGCCACGGAUGCCUUUUGUUUCAGAAUUUCCCUGAAAGAGAAACCAAUGACACGGCGGGGAAUUCUGUCCAUAGUCGCAUCCCUUUAUGACCCUCUCGGAUUUGUGGCUCCGGUCGUUCUCGAUGGCAAGAGAAUCCUUCAAGAAAUGUGUCGUAGCGGGCUUGGGUGGGAUGAUCCAGUAUCCGAGAACCUGCAAUCAAGGUGGGAGCAAUGGUGUAAGGAAAUCCCGCAGCUAGAGGAGCUAAGAAUACCUCGGUGUUAUCAUCCUGCUGAGUUUGGUGAUCCUGUAACAGUGCAGCUACACCAUUUCUCGGAUGCCAGCAAGUCUGGUUAUGGCCAAUGCUCUUAUUUGCGUCUUGUUAACCAGAAAGGAGAAGUUCACCGUUGUCUGAUCUUCGGCAAAUCAAGGGUUGCGCCAACCAAGGUGGUUACAAUUCCCAGGUUAGAGUUGACAGCGGCAGUUGUGUCAGCUAAGGUGCACUCUAUGUUGAAAGAAGAGCUAGAGUAUCAUGAUGCCGAAGAUUUCUUCUGGACAGAUUCCCAAGUAGUCCUGGGAUACAUCCACAAUGAUGCGCGGAGGUUCCACACGUUUGUUGCUAAUCGAGUCCAGCUAAUUAGAGAUAGGACUUCUCCCGACCAAUGGCAUUAUGUCUCGACUGAUCAGAACCCUGCUGACCAUGCUUCCAGAGGAUUGAGCGUAAGUCAGCUGGGUAGCACAAAUUGGUUCCAAGGACCAAGCUUCCUCUGGGAGAAAGACUUUGCAGUAGGAAGUAUCUCUCCGACACUCGCCGUUGGGGAUCCGGAAGUGAGAGCAACCAACCUAUCGACAACUACUCAUUCGGAACCGUUGAACCUCCUCUCGCGCCUUACCAGGAUCUCUAGUUGGAAGAUGAUGAUCAAGGUAUUGGCUCGUCUACGGAUGGUAGUGAAGGGAGCAAGACAAGGUUCCUUAGUUCGUGAGAGAAAGGACGCAGAGCUGUUCGUUCUGCGGUUAGUUCAACAGGAAGCUUACCCUGAAGAAAUCAAGGCUCUGACGUCGGACAAGACCGUUAAAACGACAAGUACCAUCCAUGACCUUGACCCAAUAAUCCUUGAUGGGAUCACGCGAGUGAAGGGCAGACUUGGCGAACUAUCGACAGAAGUGGCUCACCCUGUUAUCCUGCCCAAGCGUAGCCCUAUCACUCGGGCGAUUAUCCGCCACUUCCAUGAGGACAUCAAACAUCAGGGUCGAGGAAUGACGCAGAAUCACCUGAGAGCCAAUGGAUUCUGGAUUGUAAACGGAUCUAAAGUCGUUGCAGAGGUAUUGCGAAAGUGUGUGUCAUGCAGACGUCUUCGUAGGCCUCAAGAAGAGCAGAAAAUGGCAAACUUGCCAAGAGAUCGAGUAGAACCUUCGGCUCCUUUCACGAAUGUGGGUAUGGAUUGUUUCGGUCCUUUCUUUGUAAGGAGAGGUCGUUCUGAUAUUAAGCGAUAUGGGCUUAUAUUCACAUGUCUCUGUUCAAGAGGUAUCCACAUUGAGAUGCUCGACGACAUGACUACCGACGCAUUCAUCAAUGCUCUCCGCUGUUUCAUAGCAAUUAGGGGAGCUGUCAGACAGAUUAGGUGCGACCAAGGCAGUAACUUCGUAGGAGCAAGAAACGAGCUCCAAUCUGCAUUGAGAGAGAUGACUUCAGACCAAGUGAAUACGUACCUUGCAGACCAGCAAUGUGAAUUUGUCUUCAACGCCCCUCACUCAAGUCACGCAGGUGGCGUGUGGGAAAGACAGAUUCGAACCGUCAGAAGUGUCUUAAGGGCUACCAUAGACCUGUGUCCAGGAAGACUCACAGACUCCGCUCUUCGUACCUUGUUUUACGAAGCCAUGGCAAUCGUCAAUAGCCGACCGUUAACAGUGACCAAUAUGAAUGACCCAAGUGCGGAUGCACCUCUCACGCCAAACCACCUCCUUACUCUGAAGAGGACGGUUCCGUUGCCCCCUCCUGGGCAAUUUGUGAAGGAGGAUGUGUACACGCGUAAAGCCUGGAGAAGGGUUCAGUUCUUACUGGAACAGUUCUGGUCAAGAUGGCGGAAAGAGUACUUGUUGGGACUUCAAAGACGACAGAAAUGGACGAUGCCCAGACGGAAUUUACAAGUGGGAGACAUUGUAUUGCUCACUGACGAUGAAGCUCCGCGUAUGAAAUGGCCAAUUGCGAUGGUCGCAGAAGCCACUCCUGAUGAAGAUGGUCUGGUCAGACGGGUACAGGUGCGCGUUGGAACGAAAGACCUUGACAACAAAGGUCGUCCAAACAAGAAGCUUGCCGAAUACUGGAGGCCGGUUCAGAAGCUCGUACUGCUUCUGGAAAAGGUACCUCCAUAG